AUGUCAUCUGGUGUCUUCUUAAUUGUAACUGCCGGCUUGGCUAUUCUUGGCUAUGUGGUCAGGGAGUAUGGCUUGCCACCUCCGACACUGAAGAUUGUAGGAAUCGACUUAGGCACUACUUUUUCGUCUAUUGGUAUUUAUCAUGCAGUAUCUGGUCAGGUUGAUAUAAUUCCUGAUAAAUAUGGGAGAAGGAGUAUUCCAAGUGUUGUGUCCUUUUUGCCUAAUGGUACCGUUCUUGUUGGUCACAAAGCGGUCGAACAACAAGAAAAAAAUCCAUUACGGACCAUAUAUGACGCAAAACGCUUUAUAGGAAAGAAGUUAACUGAAGAUGACAAAGUAUUUCAGGCGGAUAAAGAACGUUAUCCUUUUACUAUCAAACUUGAUGAAAAUGGAUCGGUCUUUUUUGAGAUUCCGUUAGAUAAAGGUCUUCUGAAACUAACUCCUGAAAAAAUUGGAUCAAUUAUAAUUCGAUACUUGAAGGAAUCAGUAGAAAGUAGUAUUAAUUCUCGCAUCGACCAAGCAGUGAUUGCGGUCCCGGCUGAGUUUGAUCAGAUGGAACGGAAUGCUACUGGUCGUGCUGCUAAUUUUGCUGGUCUUGAAGUUAGACGAGUGGUAAGUGAGCCAACUGCUGCAGCUUUGGCUUAUGGAUUAGACAAGAAACAGGGCGUUGAGUACAUACUUGUAGUGGAUCUGGGUGGCGGCACAAUGGACGUAUCUGUUUUGUGUUUGCAGGGCGGAGUAUUUAUGACUUUAGCAAUGGCAGGUAACAAUCGAUUGGGAGGUCAAGACUUUAACAAUCGUAUUUUGAAGCGGCUAAUGGCAUUAAUCAAGGAAGAACAUAGUGUGGAACUGACAAGCAAAGAAGAUUUACAACAACUGCUCCUGGCUAGUGAAACUGCCAAAAUACAAUUGUCGACAUUUCCUGAAACUAGGAUUGAUUUAUAUUUUCAGUCCUUAAAAAGUCGAUUUCGUUAUAGGUUAACGCGUGAAGAAUUUGAAGAGCUCAACGAGGAUCUUUUUGAAAGCGUAAUUGAACCUAUAAAAGCAGCUUUAGAAGACGCAAAUAUUGAGCGUUCAGAUAUAGACGAGAUUGUACUUGUAGGUGGCUCUACACGUAUUCCAAGGGUGCGACGAAUUGUUGGAACAUUUUUUGGGAAGCCUGCAAAUCAUGGUGUUGAUCCAGAAUUAGCUGUAGUGACCGGUGCUUCGAUUCAAGCUGGGGUUAUUGGUGGUGGUUGGCCUUUAAAGGUUACUGCCAUUGAGCUGCCUACACAGAGGAGAAAACGCCAUAUUUAUAAUCCUUUUGAAAAGCAGCAAAAAAGAUUUGUUAGUGAUCUGUAA